UUAUUUUUAACAGCACGCCUUAAAAGGAAAGUAAGCAGACGAGUUUAAUUUGACCGCCUUUUUAAAAGUGAAUUUGUUAUUCAUUUAUGCUCUGCGUUGGUGUGUAUAUUGUUUGACCACAAUGCAUUACAAAAUAAGAAAUAAAACUUCAAAUAAUUAGGAUUAGUUAAUUCGUAUUAGUUAAUGAAGAAGUAUAUUUAGGGAAGAUUAUAAUUCAGCUCUUCAAUGGAGAAUUUACUGCAUGCUCGUGAUAAAGUGGGAGUUCAAGAUUUUGUGCUUUUAGAUGAUUAUACAAAUGAAAAUGCAUUUAUUGGUAAUCUUUACAAGAGAUUUCAGGAAAAUCUAAUUUACACUUAUAUUGGUCCUGUGGUUAUAUCAGUGAAUCCAUAUCAAGAUUUAGACUUGUAUAGUCCCGAAAUUAUUGAGCAGUACCAGAAUGUAAAUUUUUUUGAAUUACCUCCUCACAUAUUUGCUAUUGCUGAUACUGCUUUCCGAUCUAUGAGGGAAGAAUGCCAUGAUCAAUGUAUAUUAAUAUCCGGUGAAAGUGGAGCUGGUAAAACAGAAGCGUCAAAGAAAUUGUUGCAAUACAUAGCUGCUGCCAGUCAUCAUGCCCCUUCUGUGGAAAAUGUUAAAGACAAACUUCUUCUCUCAAAUCCCAUAUUGGAAGCGUUUGGAAAUGCUAAGACUAAUCGAAAUGAUAAUUCAAGUAGAUUUGGAAAGUACAUGGAUGUGGAAUUUGAUUUCUUGGGAACUCCUUUAGGGGGUCAUAUUUUACAUUAUUUGCUGGAAAAAUCAAGAGUGGUUCAUCAAAAUCAUGGGGAACGUAAUUUUCAUAUUUUUUAUCAAAUUCUUUCGGGUGCUGAUGAUAAACUUCUGGACUAUCUUCAAUUACGUCGGGAUCCUACUGCCUAUUUCUAUCUGAGUCAGGGACUUUGUUCUAAGUUGAGAAAUCUUGAUGACUCCGAUCAGUUUUCUUUGGUGAAAAAAGCUAUGGAUGUCACCAAUUUUUCUGAUGAAGAACAAGAGGCUGUGUUUGCUAUAGUAGCCUCAGUUCUGCAUUUAGGUAAUGUUGGAUUUGUUGAAGAAGAAGGGCAUGCCAUUCUAGUUCACGAAAAACCAAUUCAAUAUAUUUCUAAACUUUUAGGUUGCUCCCCAUUUUAUUUGAUGAAUGCUUUAGUAAAUAAAACAAUUGAAGCUAAACAGGAGUUGAUGUCUAGUCCGUUGAAUCGAGAUCAAGCUAUAUAUGCCAGAGAUGCUCUUGCUAAAGCCCUAUAUGAGCGUUUGUUUACUUGGCUAGUUUCUAAAUUAAAUUACUCGCUACAACCUGCUUCUAAGAAAAAGAAAACUUUGAUGGGCUUACUUGAUAUUUAUGGAUUUGAAAUAUUUCAAAAGAAUAGCUUUGAACAAUUUUGCAUCAAUUACUGCAAUGAAAAGCUGCAGCAGUUAUUCAUAGAGUUGACCUUAAAGUCAGAACAAGAAGAAUAUUUUCGAGAAAACAUUGUCUGGGAACCUGUUGAAUACUUCAAUAACAAAAUUAUAUGUGACCUUGUGGAAGAGCGUCAUAAAGGCAUUAUUGCUAUUUUGGAUGAAGAGUGUUUGAGACCUGGGGAAGCAACAGAUAUUACGUUUCUAUCAAAACUUGAGAAAACAGUAGGAAACCAUCCCCACUUUCUCACUCAUUCUACUGCUAAUAGUAAAGUUAGAAAAACCAUAGAUCGUAAUGAAUUCCGCUUAGUUCAUUAUGCUGGAGAUGUCACAUAUAAUGUCGAAGGUUUCUUGGAUAAAAAUAAUGAUUUGCUGUAUAGAGAUUUAAAACAGGCUAUGAUUGAUUCUGAUAACAUGAUUGUUAAAAAAUCUUUUACAUUAGAAGAGAUUACGAACAAGAAACGCCCAAAUACAGCAGCAACUCAAUUCAAAACGAGCUUGUCCUUAUUGAUGAAUAUUUUGAUGUCCAAAGAACCCUGGUAUAUUAGGUGCAUUAAGCCCAAUGAACAUAAACGGGCAGGUUUAUUUGACAAAACUGUUGUGGCUCAUCAAGUGAAGUAUUUGGGUUUGAUGGAAAAUCUUAGGGUAAGAAGAGCUGGAUUUGCAUAUCGAAAAAAAUAUGAGGAGUUUUUGAAAAGGUAUAAAUGUUUGUGUCCCGAUACAUGGCCAUCUUAUGAAGGACUUCCAAAAGAUGGGGUUUUGCUGAUUAUUCAACAUCUUAAUUACAAAUCAGAUGAAUAUGCAGUUGGAAGAUCCAAAAUUUUCAUUCGAUCAGCAAAAACACUUUUUGAAACAGAAGAUCAGUAUCAAAGACACAAACAUGCUUUAGCCACCAUCAUUCAAUCCAAGUUUCGCAGCUACAUCCAAAGAAAAAAGUACUUGUCAAUGAAGAAAUCAGUUAAUCUUAUAAAUCGUCAUUGGAGAGGCCAUCUUGCUAGGUUACAUUUGGAGGAAAGAAGAUGGGCUGUAUCAGUUAUUAGAAAAUUUAUUAAAGGUUUUAUCUGUCGUAAUCAACCAGAAAAUGAAGAUAAUGCAUCUUUCUUGUGGAUGGUUAAGGCAGAAUUCUUAAAGAGGUUAGCUCGAAAUUUGCCAACUCACUUGUUAGACAAAUCUUGGCCUUCAGCACCUGCAUCUUGUAAUGAAGCUUCUGUUUAUUUAAGAAAACUCCAUAGAACUUGGCUGAUGCGAAAAUAUGUCAAAAAUCUCUCAUAUGAAAGAAAAUCACAACUUGAUCAAAAGGUAUUGGCUGAAUCUUUGUUUAAAGGAAAAAAAGCUAGCUAUAAAUCAAGUGUCCCUACUCCUUUUGCUUCUAGUAGAUUAAGUCAAGAGUUGGAAGGAAAGUUGAUGUCUGUUUUGCAAAAUAAUGUGCCAACUAUAAAAGAUAAAGUUGUGUAUAUGCUGCCUGUUGUCAAAUAUGAUCGUCAUGGUUAUAAAACUAGAACUAGAAUAUUGGUUGUGACCAAAGAUUUGAUUUAUUUGUUUGAUGACAGAAAUUUGAAGAUGAAGCAGCAGAAUGCCUUGAGCAGUUUAAAUGCCAUUUCAGUUAGCAGUUUUAAUGAUGGUUUUUGUGUAUUGAAACUACCAUGUUCGAAUAAAAAAGAAAAGGGUGAUCUCAUUCUCGACUGCCAUGAACACCUUAUAGAAAUGGUCAUAAAGCUAAUUACAGCGAGUGGAAAUAAGAAACUUCUUACAGUUUUAGACAAAGAAAAAAAUGACUUAACUCAUGAAAUGUUUGGGGGAAAGAAAGGUGUAAUAACUUUUUCAGAGGGAUCGACAAACUUAACUAGUAAAGGAAAAGAUGGAAGUCUCAAAGUCGUAUCCAAGCCUUCCUGAUGGGCCAAUUAGUUGACUGACAGCUGUUUUAUUUUAGUAACCAUAAUCAUGACAUUAGUUUGUUUAUUAAGAACUCGUGUAGUAUUUUUGUAUUUUAAUUGUGUUAAAUUAAAUUUUUCUAGUCCAGGGGAAUAUUCAAUCAAGACAAUUAUGGCAUAAGUAAUAAUUAAUGACAAUAUUUUAUUUCAGAUAAAACCAGCAUAAUACUGUGCCAUAUUUAAAUCGUUACAAAAUAUUUGAUUUGCAGCUUAUCUUCUUAAAAUACCAUUUAACAGAAUAAAAAAUAUUUUCUGAUAAUCUUUAUAAAUAAUGAUUAUUUUUGUACUUAAUAUUUACUUUUGUUUUGAAAUGUGUAUUAACAAAAAUAUGUUUGAAUAUAUAUCCAUUUACUUGUAUUGUAUUUAUUUUAUUAAUUGCAAUCAAUUUAUAGCAUUUCACAUUGCAUUUCAUUCAAAUAUAUUUGUUUCAAAUCAAGUUUUUAUUGUGAUAUAUUGAUUUAAGUGGAUAAUUUUCUUUCUUUAUAACCGUAAGACUAGGUUAAAUUUAUUUUAUUUAAACAAAAGCAUUUUAAACAUAUAUAAUUAAUUAUAUAUUUUUUUAAAAAUUUAAAAAUAUAUAAUUUUUGAGAUUUGCUUCUGAAAUUGUAAUAUUUUGUUGGCAAGUUAAAUUUGUAUAUUUUAUGAAUGUUUGAAAUUACUUAAAUGACUAAAAGAACUUAUUGUAAUUUUAUUGAAGUAUAUUUGAAAAAAAGUUCUUUGAAGAAUGUAUUUAAAUAUAUUUAUUUAAAAUAAUGUAAUGUGCAUAACCCUGUUUUUAUUGUUAAAAAUUAAUUCAAUUUCUUAACCUUUUUAAUUGACAAUUAUCCUUUAUAUUUUACUCAAUAUUUGUUUUAAAACUUUAAUCGGAAUACAUGUUUUUCAAACAAAUAUACUUCCCUUUCGUGAAGUUUAUUUUCUGACUUCAGUAUAAUGAACUCUGAACUGAUUGUAACCAUCUAAACCUUUUACUUUUUUGGACAAAGUGCCAUUAGGAGAGGUGAUUGUAUUCUGGGUGUACCCCAGACUUCUGGGUUUUUCGUAUCUUUCUUCCUGGUUUUUAAAACUAGUUGCAGAGCAUGUGAUUUUUCUGCAAAUAUAGCAUCAUAUCUCAAGACCGUUGGUUUGCAGACUUCUGCUGAUCACAAACUUAUAAUCCAACAAAACUUUGAGAAUUACUGCUAAUGAGACAUUAACAUACAUCAAUUCUUCCGCAAAUUUGAUUCUUUUGGUUUGGCAGAUUUUCGCCAUUAUGAAUCUUCUGCUAAUAUCAAGAUUUUUAUUCAGGCGAUUUUGAUAUCAAAUAUAGAUUUCGUAUGUACCAGAUUAAAAAGUUAUGAUUUGUAUCUACUCUAUUUAAAAAUGGUACAUCACAAUUUGUAUUAUUUAAAAAUCUAAGGUUGCAAUUCGUAUUCACGAGAUUGUAAUAUGAAACAUUAAUUUUUGUAUUUCUACAUGAUUUAAAAGCUAUGUAUUGCAGUUCAGAUUCCUGUAAUAAGUCACGAUUCUAGGAAGAAGUAAGGUUUUAUUUUUUAAAAAAUUAGAAAUAAUUUAAUUGUAAAUGUUGGUUAAAAAAUUAUGUUAAAUAUAAAACGUAUAGUAAAUAAAUCUUGAUAUCGGUACAUUAGAUCCCAAAUUCAAUUAAAAAUUCUUGCCUCUUUCUGGGCAAUGUUGAUGUUUAAUCCUAAAUACCCAACAUAUUAUUGGGUCUUUUUGGUUAUGUUGGCAAAACUUGAGAGAGAGAAACAUCUAUUUGUUCAGAGUAUCCUAGGUGGUGCAAGUAUGUCUUACUAAUAGACUAGACCUACUUUAGAAUAGAUUUUUUUUCUUUAAAUAGCAUUAUAUAGGCCAUAUUAAGGAAAUUAACUUACUACUUUUUAUGUCAAGCUAGUAGGUUUUAUUGUACAAUUUAAAUUCUCUUUGAUAUGAUACACUAAUUGAAGAAAUACUUCAAGUAUUUGCACAAAUGCUUGUUUGCUUAACUAACCUUUAGAUUUAUUUUAAUGAAAUUAAUGAGUUUUGAUUUUUCAUAUUACAAUAUUUUGUUUGAUUCUUGAUGCAAUUUGCUGAUUGUAAUGCAAUAUCAAUGUUGAUAUAAUGUGUUGACUGUCCUAUAAAUGAUGAAACAAGUGCCUUAUUUUAAUUAUCGGAAGAAUGUCACGCUUGUUAUUAUUUUUAUUACUGUUGUACUUAACGAAUUACAAUGUUUUCAAUCAACCUAUGUAUGUGAUAUUUUUUAAUGUAAAUAAAUACUUAUUUUUCAUAA